AGCGGCCUGGAGAGUCACGUGAGGGAGGGCGGUGGAGGUGGAGGUUUUUCUCCGCUGGUUUUUCAUCUCUAUGAUUGUCAGAGGCGGGCUGCUUUGACCCGAGAACGUUGGCAACCCUGCUGCGGACAGGAUGUUUCGUCUUAACUCCCUUUCUGCAUUGGCAGAACUGGCUCUCGGCUCUCGAUGUUACCAUGGGGGAUCACAGCCUACCCAGAUGAGGCGACGACUCAUGACAGUGGCUUUCCUGGGAGCAUCUGCAGUCACUGCAAGUACUGGUCUCCUGUGGAAGAGGGCCCUUGCAGAAUCUCCACCAUCCGUUAACAACCUGAAGAGUGAAGUCGGUGAUAAAGGGAAGAAUAAGGAUGAAGAAGUUGGUAACAAUGAAAAAAAAGCUGCAGAUGUUUGUCUUGAGUCUCAUCCAGAAGAGAAAAAGAAGAAACGUUCUGGAUUCAGAGACAGAAAAGUGAUGGAAUAUGAGAAUAGGAUUAGAGCAUAUUCUACGCCAGACAAAAUCUUCAGAUAUUUUGCCACCUUGAAAGUAAUCAAUGAACCUGGUGAAUCUGAAGUGUUCAUGACUCCACAAGAUUUUGUGCGAUCCAUAACACCAAAUGAAAAACAACCAGAACAUUUGGGUCUUGAUCAAUAUACAAUAAAACGCUUUGAUGGAAAGGAUUUCUGGCAGACAGAGAAAAUUGCCCAGGAACGAGAAAAAUUUGCUGAUGAAGGCAGUAUAUUUUACACACUUGGAGAAUGUGGACUCAUAUCUUUUUCGGACUACAUUUUCCUUACAACUGUUCUUUCCACUCCUCAGAGAAAUUUUGAAAUCGCCUUCAAGAUGUUUGACUUGAAUGGAGAUGGAGAAGUAGAUAUGGAGGAAUUUGAACAGGUUCAGAGCAUCAUCCGCUCCCAAACCAGUAUGGGUAUGCGUCACAGAGAUCGUCCUACUACUGGUAACACCCUCAAGUCUGGCUUGUGUUCAGCCCUUACGACCUACUUCUUUGGAGCUGAUCUUAAGGGGAAGCUGACGAUCAAAAACUUCCUUGAAUUUCAGCGUAAACUUCAGCACGAUGUUCUGAAACUAGAGUUCGAACGCCAUGACCCUGUGGAUGGGAAAAUUACUGAGAGGCAGUUUGGUGGCAUGCUGCUGGCCUACAGUGGGGUGCAGUCCAAGAAGUUGACCGCCAUGCAGAAGCAGCUUAAGAAGCAUUUCAAAGAAGGAAAGGGUCUGACAUUUCAGGAAGUGGAGAACUUCUUUACUUUCCUAAAGAAUAUUAAUGAUGUGGACACUGCAUUAAGCUUUUACCAUAUGGCUGGGGCAUCUCUUGAUAAAGUGACCAUGCAGCAGGUGGCCAGGACCGUGGCCAAAGUGGAACUCUCGGACCACGUGUGUGAUGUGGUGUUUGCGCUCUUCGACUGCGACGGCAAUGGGGAGCUGAGCAAUAAGGAAUUUGUUUCCAUCAUGAAGCAGCGGCUGAUGAGAGGCCUCGAGAAGCCCAAAGACAUGGGCUUCACCCGCCUCAUGCAGGCCAUGUGGAAAUGUGCACAGGAAACUGCCUGGGACUUCGCUUUGCCUAAACAGUAACACAAAACUGCAGGAGGGACCUCCUCCUCCACCUAGAGCACCCUGACCCCUGAGACAGAGCCUUGGCACAACCCUUCCGGCUGCUGCUUCUGGAAGUAGUGCUCCCUUCCUCUUGGGAAUGAUCUCAGGAUUCAGCCAGUCUCCCCUCUCCCCCCUUCCCCUGGCUCGGCAUUUCUUCUAGGCUCUGCUUCUGCCCAGUGAUCAUCCCCACAGGUUCUCAGAAACAUGAACAAGUCCUAAAAAGUCAGACUUCUGGCACCUUCCUCAGCACUAUGCCUUCAAGCACCCUAUGGAUAAAGAAUGCAGGGAACCAUCCACAUACCUGCCAACCCUGGCGACCGCUCAGUUCUUCAGUCCUUUUUGCUGUGGAUUUACAUUGGGAGCAUUCCUUGCUUUUCCUCCCACUGGUGACUUUAAGCCACAAGUUGGGCAGAUGUCUGAAGGGCAGAAGGAAGACUGUGAUGAAGGGUCAUGGGGAGGGGUCGGGUGGCCUGAGCUGGAGGGAAGCCUGGGCCAGGGAAACGACCCAUGUUGGUCCCCAGGGUGGCUUCGAGGCCUGCUCCGGGCAGGUGAUAUGCGCAGCGGGAAUGGAGCAGGGUUUGGAAUUUCGAUCAGCUGCUUCACGGCUCUGAGGCUCCCUGAGAGGACUCCGCCAGCACUCGGUGCCUGACGAGCAGCAGUGAUUGAGUCCGUGUUCCCCGCAAGUGCCAUUUCCCUCCAGGAGUGCGUCUCUGAAGCCGAGGCCUGGCUCACACCCGGUCUGCCCGCUGUCUUAAACACUUGUAAAAUAUCACUUUAAUUAUAACAGUUUGCAGUAAACUCCCCCCCCCAACCC